CUAUUAACUUUUCUCCUGUGAUGACAACUAUUUCUGUCCUUUCGCUUUUAUUAAUAUGUGAAGUACUAUAUCUGAUUGAGUGAUUGACAGGUAACACGUGUUGUUCAUCACUGGAUGCAUGAAUAUGUUAAUUGCUAUAUGAAAACACAAGGCCAAUUAUUUACGAAUAAAUAAUGUUACAGACUUACAGUCCAUUAUGAACCACUGCUUAAAUAGAAAAUUGUUUACAUUAUUCCAUCUUGUUAAUACAAUUUUCCUCCUUCAUUCUUUCAUCAUAAAAUGCUUUACUAGAACACAUGUAUUUAUUAUCACCAACAAGAACUGAUAAGUCACUGUUUGUGCAUUGAUACUCUUCAUUUAGUCAUAGUAAUUUGACAUAUUGCAUUUAUCCUGGAAACCUUGUACAUUAAUCAUCAUUAUUAUUAUUAUUUUUUGAAGUCACCCAAUUGUGUUUUUCAUUUGAUUUGAACACCAUGGUAUGUUAUUUAAUUGGAGUCAUCUUCAUAAUUUCAAAGACUCCAAUAUAAUGGUGAGAUCAUUUACUGGUCUGACAAUGGCCUUAUAUUAAUGAAUGUCACGAUUCACGAAAGAAUAGGCUUACACAAGUUUUUACGGAAAUUUAAACAAAUUCAUAUUAAGUGCUAUGCAUAACCAUUGACUAUUUUAAUUUCUGUUAAAGGACUUUUUUUAUAUUGUCAAAUUACGUGUGAUUCAUUACAUUUACAACGGUGUAAUCAUGUGCUACAAAGUUCACUAAAUGCCCAGAAAAAGUGAGUGAUUUUAUUUAGGUUGAAGGUCCUUUGAAGCCGGGGAAGGCCAAAAAUAUUUGGGGUUAAGACAAUAAGAAAAAACUUGAUAGUUGAUGGUUUGACAAAGGAUAUGGUUUUAGAUAAGGUUGAAUGAAAUUGAGGAAUCAUUGCAGCCAACCUCAGAUCAUCUCCUUUCAAGGUAGUAUCAAGUUUAGUUGUUUAACCGAUCACAUCUACUCUGGGUGGAAAGAAAAUUAACUUUUUGGGCAUAUUAAAUUGUAAAUUAAAACCAGACAAGUCUCGACUUCAUUACUAUAUAUUCGAUCCUAUUUGAAAGAAAUUGGCUUCUGCCUGGAUCUUAUUUCUAUUUAUUUUUUAAAGAAAAAUUGUGUGAUCUUUAUCUUUUAAUUUGAUAGUGUUUGAAAAAGAAAAACUUGCAACAUAUGACCUUCAUGGACAACAUUUGGUUUCAUAUAGAUGUCAUUCAAAGAGAACUCCACUUUGAGAACCUUGGAAAGACAAAAAGCUGAUUUGUGACAACUGAUAGACCUUAAGUCAUCAAUCUCGUGGAGAGGAUUUUAUUUAUUUAUUUGUUUAUGUUUCUUGUUGGUUUCUUUUGGAUAUAUAUAUAUAUAUAUAUAUAUGUUUCUGAUAAGAAACCUGAACUUGUACUAACUUGCUCCAGAUAUGUAACACAAAAUUAGUUUGUUGCUGCUUCUGUUACGCUGUGUUCAGUUGGGGAUUUGGGAAGGGAUUUGGAAAGGAAAAGGGAAAAUGUAGGUGAAAUGUGAAUAAAAUAUACCUACAUUUCACCGAAUUUCACACACUUUUCCCUUUCCUUUUGCUUUUCCAAAUCCCUUCUCAAAUUCUUCAACCAAACACAGCAUUAGUAGAAAAAAAAAAUAAAAAAAAUUAGAUGUUCCAAACUGAAAUGCAUAUGAUAUUUAAUGUAAAUGUUAGUAUUCAUAAACAUUCCGAAUUUAAUUUUAGUUGGAUAAUAAUCUUUAUCGAUUACCAACGACAGAAACAACUUCUUCCAAAUUGUGGCUGCAGCUUAAAGCGGUCUAGGAAAUUUCAGCCUGAAGAUAGGCUCUUUUCGUUGUCUUCAGUCACCUCACCAGCUACAGAAGAGCAUGUUGUUGGACGAGAUGGAGGUAUUUUGGCGAAUGGGCAAGGAAAACCGAAGAAGGGAAGAGGAGGGCCAAGAGAUGCAAAGAGAAUCAGACAAUCAAAUGAUGCAGAUUAUGACUAUGAAGAUGAUCCUGAUUUAAUUAUGUGAGAAUCAGUAUGCCAAUUGACCUUGAAGGACUUUUUUUUUUAUUUUAUUUUAAAUUACUCUCUCUCUCUCUUUCUUUUCGAUCAAUUUCUGUAAAUGCCUUGAGUCUCGUAUUUUGGAAAAUAGACUUCCAUGUGGCUAUAAUGGAUUAAUGUUAUUGAGGCUUGUAUUGCUGUCA